UGGAGUGACUUUCUUCUUCUUUGAGAGUAACCAUGGAGAGUUUUGGCUACAGCUUAUAAUUCUAAUCGAAAGUCUUUACUUUUUUAGGAGUAAUUUCUCAUCAAACAAUUUAAAAGAAGCAGAGGCUAAGAAAGCUGCUGCCUUGUUAGCUGUGGAGGAUUUGCGAGUCGCAGUUGUGAGAGGAAAUACUGCUGCUGUUCAAAAAUAUCUGGACAAUGGAAUUGAUGUAGAUGUUCAGCUCAAAUCAGGAUGGACUCCAUUGAUGCUAGCUGCUAGUUUAGCCUUGCCAGAUAUGGUGGAACUUCUUGCUAAUAAAGGGGCUAAUGUAAACUUCCAGAAAGAGAUGUACACUGUUCUGAUGGCAGUAUGUGCUGUUCCUGGGAACAAGCCAGAGGACCAGGUCCUGACAUGUGUGGAGUUGUUGGUGGAAAGGAAUGCCAGAGUCAAUGUAUAUGACAAAUUUCGAAUGUCGCCCCUGAUGUAUGCUGCAAGGGAAGGAAGAGUUACAGUCUGUGAAGUACUACUGGAUCAUGACGCAGAGAUUAACAAACAGGACAUGCGAGGCUGGACGUCCUUGUCAUGGGCUGCUAAUCGAGGUCAUGGUAGAGUUGUGCGCAUUUUAUUGGAGCAUGGAGCAGACCCUAAGAUAUACUCUAAUGAUGGCCAGGUACCAAGUGAUCUUGCCUACUCCAGUGAGCAUCAUCGGGUUGCAGAUAUGCUUUCUUUAGCUGCAAGUGGGAAGCAGCUGCCCAGUGAAGUGGCUCCACAACCAGUAGCAUCUUCAAAAGUUCAUGUAAGCGAGGAUAGCUCCAGUUCAAUGAGGUAUAAUGACCUUGAAAUGUUCUUGUGUGGCCUGGAGUUGACACAUUUAUUGCCAGUAUUUCAGGAACACAAGAUGACUUUUGAGGAAUUCCUUAAUCUGACUGAAAAGGAGCUUGACCAGAUGGGAAUUACUCAAGUGGGUGUGCGAACAAAGAUAUUAGAUUCCAUAAGAGAAGUUCACAAGAAGGAGUGGGAUGUGUCCAGCUUACAGUCAAAGGAAAAACAUAUUUUAAGUGCCUCAGAAGUGACAGUCAUUUUGGCCAAUGUGUCAAGACAUUUGGCAUUUGUCAGGAGCAGUGUUUCAUAUGUACAGAAACACUUAAAUACCAUAAAAGAACCUCUGGAAUUUGUGCAGGAUGUUACAGAAGCUGAGGGAAUGGAAAUGUACUCUAAGGAGGCUGUGGACACUGUUGAAAGUUUAAAUGAAGAACUCAACACUGUGAAGACAAGAAUUUCCAAGAUCAAGUGUAAGGUGUUCAACACAAGUCCAGACCUGAUAACUGAUGAGAAACCACAAGGAACCCAAUCUUCUCUAAGAAGUGGCUCUUUACUUGUGGCAGGAGUGGCAAUUGUUGCACUGGGUGCAUUUUUGUUUCACAAGGCACAGCAUUCGACAUAAAGUUCAGUACAUUGAUGACUCAACAUCAUGGUGUAUUGUACAGGCUGUUGCUAUCUUUUAUUGCUCUGCUUCAUUUUGAUCAAGUGGCUGGUUCCACCUCAACUUUCUUGUAUGUGGAGAUUCACACAGUUCACCAGUAGAAUGUUACUUAACCCUUUAACUCCCAAGAUCUAAUUGUGAAUUCUCCCCUGUAGCUGCUACACAUCUCCUUGUAAAUUAGUUUUGAGAACUUGGUGCCGGAUCAAGAUAGCA